CCCACGUGAAUGUGAUGUAACUUAGAUUAAUUCUACCAAAGUAGUAGAGAUAUUUCCAAUUUUCUAUUUCAAAUUCAAAGAAAGCGAUGUUGAGAUCUACCUUAAUAGCCGUAAGAAGUGCUGUUCUACAGCCUGAGCAUUCCAAACUGCUAAAUUACGUUCAGCUGUCGCGUUUAUUGGGGACAAAGUUGAGAUAUUGCACAGCCCAGUCGAGUCCUAACACGAAAGCAGCUGCGUCGAAAGAAAGCGUUGAUUCAGAUCAGAAAUCUUCGCAGCCCGAAAUGAAAGCAGCAGAACCUGCCCAAGAAGUUAAAGAAACCGAAAACGAUCGUCUUUUAAAAGAAAAAGAAAGUUUGCUAAAAGAUCUUCAGGACAGGUACAAACGCUCCCUAGCAGAUAAUGAGAACAUACUGUCCCGCAGCAGGAAGCAAGUAGAUGAAGCCAGGCUGUUUGGUAUUCAGGCCUUCUCCAAAGACCUGCUUGAAGUUGCUGACAUAUUAGGAAAAGCAACAGAAACAGUUCCCAAGGAGGAGAUAGAUAAGAAUACUCACCUGAAGAACUUGUAUGAUGGGCUUCUAAUGACUGAAGCCCAGUUACAGAAGGUUUUCAAAAAGAAUGGUUUGGAGAAAGUGUAUCCACUAGAUGAAAAAUUUGAUCCACAUAGUCAUGAAGCAUUGUUUCAGAUUCCUUUACCAGAUAAAGAGAAAGGCACUGUUGCUGUUGUGGAAAAAGUUGGAUAUAAACUGCAUGGAAGGACACUUAGACCAGCUCUUGUGGGUGUUGUAAAAGAAUAGAAUAUUGGAUGUUGCUUUUAUUGAUUCAAAAUUAUAGGUUUCUGGAUUUUAACUAUGGUUAGUGGUGGUGGUGAGGAAGAUUAAAAUAAUCCUGGCAACUGCACCCUUGUCAGAUUGAGUCACACUCAAAUUUGUAAUAUCGUUGUCACAUGCAUUUAGGUGUCAAUAAGUAUUUCUCUAACAUCAUGCAUCUACCAGCAGUGUCCCCUUUAGCUAUUCAAUAAUACCAGGGCAAAAUGUACGUGUGCUUCAUCCAGGUUCAUGCAUUAAAAAUAUGUACAUGGAACCUGCCUUUCUUUCAGUUCCCUCUUACCUUCCAAAUAUUAAGUUGACUUAUAUUGAGCUCUUUAAAAAUCAGAUCUCCCUUUUCUCGCUCCUCGUUUAUCUUAUUGUCUUCAUCUGCUCAAUAUGCUGAAAGCUAGAAUCUAAAUAAUGAUGGGAGAAAUUGUUACAACAUAACAACAACCCUUUAACAGAACAGAUCUCUCUUUUCUUGUUCGUUAUUUAUCUAAUUACCUUCAUUUGCUCAAUGUUUGUUGAAAUCUAGAACUUAAACAAUGCAGAGAGAAAUUGUUACAAGAC